UAUCAAGCCAUCAGGAACUUCGAGGACGAACAAACUAUUGUCCCAAGAAACACAAACCCCGGCUUCCCGUCCCAAGUCCCUCACGUGCUGUCGCGUCGCGUUCAUCCGACAUGCGCGCUUCUCGCCGUCAUAGAUAGAUAGAUACUCUAUAAACCACCACCUCCACGCCCAAUGGCCUAAACAAACCCAUCACCCGGCAUGGCAAGCCCUGCCCUCCCCCUCGAAGACAACAACGACACAGACUACGGCUCCGACUUCUCCGCCGGCGAAGAAGAAAUCGUCUCCCGUCUCCUCUCAGGCGCUUCUCCCUCUCCCGCUAUCAUCAUCGAAGAAGACGACAACCCGAUAACAACAGAAAUCGAACACCAUGACACCGCGCAGACUCUUCGUCUCCCUCGCCUCCCCACGAUCACUGGGGAACGGAGUCCGUUGUUUCAGGCCGCGAGGGCAGCAGAGCAGGUCGCAGAGCAACUCAGCCGCGUCGUUGCAGCAAAGGGAGAGCGGUAUCCGGACUUGAGUACCCCGCUCCGAGAAUCUACCCCAGAAACGCAAGGGACGGAAACACAAGCGACAGAAGACCCCAAUACGCCCGACGCGAGAUCCCCGCUCGAACGCUUCCGCACGCAGCCCAAGAAAGCGCUGUCGGUGACGGAUCUGGUGUCGCCGGCGUGGUGCGAGUUGCAGUACUGGUACACGCUGACGAAACAUGGGCGGAAGCGGCAGACGGCUGCGAUGCGGGAGGGGAGCCGGGUGCAUAAGGUGCUGGAGGAGCAGGUGCAUACUACGGUGCAUGUUAAUAUUGAGACCAAGGAAGAUGCGUGGGGCUUAAGGAUUUGGAAUGUGAUACAGGGGUUGAAGACUUUGAGGGAUACGGGACAGACGCGGGAGUUGGAGAUUUGGGGGACGGUGGAUGGGUUGGUUGUUAAUGGGGUUAUUGAUGAGUUGUCGUAUGUCUGUCCGGAUGCUGAGCUUGAGGAAUCGGUGGAGAAUUCGAAGAAGCAGGAUGAGCCCCCUGCGGAUCAGACUACUAUUGCGGAUUUCUUCAAAGCGGCAGGGAGCUCGAUAUUAGAGGCUACGAGACCGAAACGGCGGUCUCAAAGCAAGAAAGUCUAUAUCUGCGAUGUCAAGACUCGAGGCGUCAAAUCCAUACCCUCAGCAGCAGCUUUCAAGCCAACCAGGAUCCAACUCAUGCUCUACCACCGCCUGCUCUCCCUCCUCGCCACCAACAACGUCGAUGUCUCCAUCCUCGCCUCUCGCUAUAACCUCGACGCCUCGAAAACAUUCUCAGACUCCUUCAUCGCCCAAGUAGGAAGCCUAAACGAGGAAUUCUUCUCCGCCCAAACCUCUCCGGCUCAAAGCCAAGAAAGCUCACAGCCCUCAUCGUCUCAAGACUCCAUGACCGUCCUCCUAGAACACAAUAAUCUCUCCGCGCUCUGGUCCCUCAUGAUCGCCGAAUUCCAGCUCACGCUCCCGGACGGCGCUUCUUCGUUAGGCGGUGUGCUGAAAGCAGAGUACAGAUCACGCAACGAUGGAGAGGUGGUGGGGAGUAAGACGUUCUUGAUGGAUGAGGAAGAGUUGACGAGGUAUGUGGAGAGGGAGAUGCAGUGGUGGAAGGGAGAGAGGGAGCCAGUUGGGGUGGUGGUCGAAGAGGCGUUUAAGUGUCGGAGUUGUGAUUUUGCGGACGGGUGUGAGUGGAGGUUGAAGAAGGUUGAGGAGGCGAGGGAGAAGGUUAGGAUGAGGAGAAGGAGGAGCUCGAAUGUUUGAUCAGAGCUGGGCGUUCGAGGGCAUGCAUAUUCGUGGGAUGGCGUAUAUACAAUGAGAUAAUGACUUUGUACAAUUUGCCGACAUUUGGAUUUUUGAUUGUCUCAAGUUGGUCAGGACAAUUCACAACAGGUAAGUACUCACUUUCAAAUCUC